AUGUUUGAUAAUAUUGCAUCAUUAAAUUUUAUACAUUAUGAUAAGUUAUUAAUUUCAAUAGAAAAACAACAAAAUGAACAAAUACAUAUAAAUAAUCAAGAAAAUUCUAUUUAUGCCACAGCAAUGAUAUCAUUAGAAAAAGAAGAAAUGAAUUUUUUAAUUCAAUUCAAUGUAAUGGAAAAUCAAUUUGAUAAAAUAAUUAAGCAUAAUCAACGUUCAGCAAUGAAAACUUAUGUUAAACAAUUAAAUUCUCAAAUAGAAGAAAUUGCUAUAGAAAUACGAAUCUUUUUAAAACUAAAUGAAUAUAAUAAAUUUGAAAUAGUUCUUACAAUCGAUGUACAUACUCGUGAUACAGUAGAUAUUUUAAUUCGUGAUGGUAUUAAUAAAUCUCAUGAUUUUUCGUGGCAAUGCCAAUUACGUGUUUAUUGGAUAUCAAAAGAAGAUAAUUUAUUUUUAGAACAAUGCAAUGGAAAAUUUUAUUAUGGUUAUGAAUAUAUGGGUCUUAAUGGUCGUCUUGUUAUUGCACCAUUAACUGAUCGAAUUUAUCUAACAGUUACACAAGCGUUGUCAGUGUUUCCUGGUUGUGCACAAGCCGGACCAUCAGGUAAUGGAAAAACAGAAUCAAUUAAAGAUCUUGGUAAAGCUAUGAGUGUUAUGUGUGUUGUUACUAAUUGUGGUGAAGCUAUAGAUUAUCAAUCAAUAGGUAAAAAUUUAAAUGGUUUAUGUCAAACAGGUGCUUGGGGUUGUUUUGAUGAAAUUGUUUUUGAACAUAAUGAAAUUCAACUUCUAUCAACUGUUGGUAUAUUUGUAACAAUGAAUCCCGGUUAUGUUGGUCAAACAGAAUUACUUGAAUCAUAUCAUUAUAAUUGGAGUUUAAGAAGUUUUAAAACUAUUUUAUCAAUGACAGGUUAUUUAAAACGAACAUCAAUGAAAGAAGAUCCUGAAGAAAUUGUUCUUUUAAGAGCAUUCCGUCAUAUGAAUAUACCAAAAUUUAUUUAUGAUGAUGUUAAUUUAUUUCUUACAUUAUUAAAUGAUUUAUUUCCAAAUAUUCAUUGUCCAGAAAUAUCAUAUGAAAAUUUAAAUCGAAUUAUUAAAGAAAUAUUAAUCAAACCACAAUAUAUUUUAGUUUCAGAACCAUUGAUCCAACAAGAUAAAAGAAUUUAUUAUCAUUAUUAA